AUGGCCACCGUCGCAAAAGGAUCCAGCACCAGCGAUGCCUCCACCAACCCUCGAGGGAUCCCUUACGCACCGUUCGUCGACAAUGUUGAGGAAUAUGUUCGAUCUCGAGCAGAAGUGGAGCAGACGCUCCGGAAUUUCCAGGAGAUGAUCUCGAAGUACCAGUUCAUGCAAUCCAGUACACAGCGGCGGCUGGCAGGAUUGCAGGUCAAGGUACCGGAGAUACAAAAGUCUCUGGAUGCUGCGCAAUUUUUGGGCUCUCGAGGGGCCGACUCGGAGCCGAUAGAGACGACAUUCGAGCUUAACGACACCUUGUUCGCGAAGGCCAACAUUCCGCCAACCGACGAAGUAUACAUCUGGCUAGGGGCCAAUGUCAUGCUUGCCUACCCUGUUUCCGAGGCAAUUUCUCUUCUCGAGAGCAAGCUAGCAACCGCGAAACAAUCCGUGGCGAACUGCGAGGAGGAUUUGGACUUCUUACGAGAGCAGAUAACGACGAUGGAGGUCGCUACCGCUCGAGUGUAUAACUGGGAUGUAGUCCAGAGAAGGAAAGAGAACGCAGGUGACGGCGAAAAGCCAUCUGCUAGUAAAUGA